AUGGUGAACACACCAGCUGAAGUUGUGGUUUCAAAUUCAUCAUUCUCAGGGAUGAAGAUUACAUAUCAUAAUCAUCCACUUCAUUUAUCAUCUGGAGAUGUACCAGGAGCAGUACAUAUUGGAAUUCAACUUGUAGGCACAGAGAAUUAUUCAUUGUGGAGCAGAGCUAUGCGAUUAGCUUUAUUAACUCGUAACAAACUCGGAUUUAUCAAUGGCAGUUUCCUGAAAGAAGAUUUUGAAGCAAAUCUGGACAUGCAGUGGGAGAGAUGCAAUGUCUUGGUCGUAUCAUGGAUAACUGGUAAUGGAGUAAUGUUUGUUUCUGCCUAUUUCUCUAAAUUGAAAGAUUUGUGGGAUGAAUACGAUCCCAUUGUUGGUCCUCCCCUUUGUCACUGUGAUAAAUCGAAGACAUAUAUACUUCCUAGAAGUCAUAUUUUGAUGAUGAUUCCGACACCAACACUCAAUCAAGUAUAUGCUAUGAUCAUACAAGAUGAAAGCCAGAAACACAUUGCAAGUGGCAGUUAUGGUGGAGGUGAUGCUCUAGAACCCACAGCGCUAUUCACUCAGGGAGGAUGUGGAGGUGGACAUAGGCCACCUCAAGGAUACAGAAAAGGAUUGUGA